UGAUCUAUAAGAAAGUUAAGUUAGGUAUCAUGGGGAAAAUUUUGCUUGUCAGUUACUCUGAUCUAUUUUAUUUUAUUUUCUGCUUACGGAUGCAAUUCUGUAACUUUUGUACUAUGAACUUCCAACAGUUAUUAUGUCAUUUCUAAAUGAUACCAGCCUAAUCCCAGCUUCAUUCAUCCUUAAUGGCAUCCCUGGGCUGGAAGAAGUGCAUUUGUGGAUCUCCUUCCCCCUGUGUACCAUGUACAGCAUUGCCAUUACAGGGAACUUUGGCCUUAUGUACCUCAUCUACUCUGAAGAGGCCUUACACAGACCUAUGUACAUCUUCCCAGCCCUUCUGUCCUUCACAGAUGUGCUCAUGUGCACCAGCACACUUCCCAACACCCUCUGCAUAUUGUGGUUCAACCUCAAGGAGAUUGAUUUUAAUGCCUGCCUGUCCCAGAUGUUCUUUGUCCACACGUUCACUGGGAUGGAGUCUGGGGUGCUCAUGCUCAUGGCCCUGGACCGCUUUGUGGCCAUCUGCUACCCCCUGCACUAUGCCACUAUUCUCACUAAUUCAGUCAUUGCCAAGGCCGGGCUCAUCACUUUUCUUAGAGGUGUAAUGCUUGUUAUCCCUUUCACUUUCCUCACUAAGCGCCUACCAUACUGCGGAGGCAAUGUCAUACCCCACACCUACUGUGACCACAUGUCUGUGGCGAAGAUAUCCUGUGGUAAUGUCAAGGUCAAUGCUGUCUAUGGUCUGAUGGUUGCCCUUCUGAUUGGGGGUUUUGAUAUCUUGUGCAUCACAAUUUCCUACACCAUGAUUCUUCGAGCAGUGGCGAGUCUGUCAUCAGCAGACGCUCAACAGAAGGCCUUUAGCACCUGCACUGCCCACAUUUGUGCCAUCGUCAUCACCUAUGUUCCAGCCUUCUUCACCUUCUUUACACACCUUUUUGGGGGGCAUACCAUUCCACCCCACGUACACAUUAUCAUGGCUAAUCUCUAUCUGCUCAUGCCUCCCACAAUGAACCCUAUUGUGUACGGAGUGAAAACCAAGCAGAUACGUGAAUGUGUCAUUAGGUUCCUGUUUAAGGGAAAGGACAUUUCUUCUCAUAACAUUUAGAGAACCUUCUGUGAAGUUGGAGAUUCCUUAGCCAGGUUGAGAUCACCAAGUCAAUAAGGAACCAAGCAAAGGAAACGAGAUUUUUAGUCACUCAAAAUAUUUUCACAUGACUCAGAUAUUUCAACUUCUUUUAAAAGGGUAUCACCAUGGUCAUGUAGGCAAAGAUCCACUCUUCUGAAACCCCAUGUUCUCCAGAGUCUCUUUAUUUGUAGGGGACUUCAAAGUUCAUUGCAUUUAAUUAUCGAGGACAGAGAACUCUACCUUGAAUGACAACCUGUAUGAGUUUGCAGCCCAGUGGCUGGAUCACUAGGACUGGAGCUGAACCUUUUU